AAGUUUCAAUCAUUGACUUCACAUACCAUUUAACCAAACCAUACAUUACUAUACAUUGUUUGCACUUUUGAUAACAAUUACAUUGAAUUAGUGACUAAAUGACAUAAAUUGUUGGUUUAUAUAUAAUAUAAUAUAAGUGGUAAUCACACAAAUUAGUUGCCCAAUGGAUCCCGAGGCGUUCCUCGAGAUGGCCAAUCAGGUGACCAAACUUCGGAUGUAUCCGUACUUUGAAGUGGCACACGCUAUCAUCUCUUGUCUCUAUAUUAGAGAAGAUAUGGCAGCAGGAUGUCUGCCCUUUUCACGGAAACACCCGUUUGCCUGUUGGGUGUCGUGUAUGGUCUCUAUCUUUGCGGGCAAUAUAUUGUCGAGCUUUUUGUUGGCCGAACCCAUUCUUAUGGCAUUCAAAAACACCAAUCAAUUGCUUUUGGCGACUGCCGUCUGGUAUUUAAUGUUUUACUCGCCGUUUGACAUCAUUUACAAAAUAUGCAAAUUAUUGCCCAUUAAGAUAGUGUUCGCCUCAAUGAAAGAAGUGAUUCGAUGCAAGAAAGUCAACGAUGGAGUCCUUCACGCGGCUAAGCUAUACCCCAAUGGAUAUCUGAUUAUGAUUAUCAUCGGUACUAUUAAAGGUAACGGAUCCGCUUUCCUUAAAUUAAUUGAACGAACACUUCGUGGAGUUUGGACACCAAAUGCUAUUGAAUUUUUGACCCCCACUUUUGCAACCAAAGCUAGUAUUGCGGCCUCAAUAGUGUUCAUAAUGGAUAAGAAGACCGAUUGGAUAACAGCUCCGCCAUCGUUGGUCUACUUCGGAAUCGUCAUAUUCUUUGUCUACUUUAAGUUGUCGUCGAUGUUAUUAGGAAUUCACGACCCAUUUAUACCAUUUGAGAAUCUAUUUUGUGCCAUAUUUUUUGGUGGCAUUUGGGACGCAUUGGGCCGACUUGUGUCCGGUGCUAAAGGAAACAGCGAUUCCAACGCAAAGAACGAGUUAUCAAGAAAUGGAAAGUCAGAAACAACCAAAAAGAAAGAUCAAUAAUGGGUUGUAUUGUACACUACUCUACAGUAUAUAUUAAUUAUUCAAUUCUCAUCACUAGUCAAUGCACUUAUAAUAAUUGUUUGGUUAUAUUUUCACUCAAAUUAUUGAAUUUCAUUUAACCGUACAGUAAUUAAUUGGUAACUAAUUAAUGUUGGAUUAUUUUAUUUGUUAUGUUGUUUUGAUUUACCGGUAAAAUACGGUAAUAUAAAACCGAUGAUUCUUUAGGCAUUAUUGCAUAUAAAUUUUAAAUAUUUUAUAUUACCGGUAAAUUAUAAUUAAUUGUUGAAAUACAUUAUCAUUAAUAUAUAUACAAUAACUUACAAUGAA